AUGAACAUUGACUCACCGGACGGGGUCAGGUCCCCCAGUUCCGCCGACCCCAAACACCCCAAGAAGCUCAUUUGUACGUCUCUUGCGACAUCGAAACCCCUCCCCCUCCCCCUCCCCCCAACCGAUAAACCCCUCCCUCCCGCCGCCGCCACCCCCGAAACCUCAGCAGCCAAUAUACAAGCCACCCAAGAAGAAGCCGCCGCCGUAGCAGCCGCAGCCACAGCGUCCGCAUCGGCCCUGCGCACCGAAACCUCCACGCCCACGUCCGCCACCGAGCAAGACCUGGUGGCGCACGCGGCGCGCGCCCACCAAUUCGUCUCGAACCCGCCGCUGACCGUCUCCCAGCUGCACCCGACCAACCCGCUGCACCAGUUCCACUCGUGGUUCCGCGACCCCCGGCUGCUGCCAGCCUCGGCGCCGGAGACGUGCACCCUGGCCACGGCUUCGUUGCCGUCCGGCCGCGUCAGCGCGCGCGUCGUGUACCUGAAGGAGCUGGAUGAGCGCGGGUGGACGGUGUACAGUAACUGGGGCAGUCGGGAGGGGAAAGGGCGGGAUGUUUUUGGUGAAACAGCCGGAGAGGAUGAUGGGCCGCGGCCGAUUCCGGAGCCGGGGGCUGGGGCUGGGGCUGUGGAUGAGGAUUUGCAGGGGGAGUUUGGGGGAGGUAAUCGCUGGGCGGCGUUGACCUUCCUUUGGUCUGGGUUGGAGCGGCAGGUGCGCAUCGAGGGGCUCGUGGAGCCGCUCUCGCGCGAGGAGAGUGAGCUGUACUGGCGCACGAGGGAGCGGGGUAGUCAGAUCGGGGCGUGGGCCAGUUGGCAGAGUAAGGUGCUGUGGCGCGCGGAGCCGGAGAUGCUGCUCGAGCGGCGCCGUAAGAGUCUGGAUCCCACGCUGCAUCAGGUGCCAAGGAAUGUCGAGGAGAGGGAUAUCGAUGAUGGGCGCGCCGUGUUGGAGGAACGCGUGCGGGAGGUCGAGCGGCGCUUCGAGGGCAUUAAGGAGAUUCCACUGCCGCCGUUCUGGGGCGGUGUGCGUCUGGUGCCGGAGUCCGUGGAGUUCUGGCAGGGUAGGAAGAGUCGCUUGCAUGAUCGGUUCAGGUAUGUGAAGGUUGGGGAGGAGAUGGGGGCUAUUAGAUGGCGGAUUGAGCGGUUGUCGCCGUAG